CUCUGCGUGCUCAUUCCCUCCCGCAGGUGGGAAGGAGGGUGCCGCUUCGCACUGCGCAUGCGUGCCUCUGAGCCGGGGCGCUGACGGGAGGCCGAGGAGCGGCGCCGCGUCGAGGAGAGCGCAAUCUCUCAACUUGAGAACUCGAGUCACUUAAAUCCCAGCAAUGUUAUCUCAGAAGGAAAGCAAGAAGUGAAUCUCUGAAACCUACUUUAUCAGACUGUAAAUCUGAGAGACUUACUGGAGACCACAUUCUACUGGUACCAUGUCAGGAAACUAUACUCCAACGGCUGGUGGCCCCUUUUCUGCUCUCACUCCCAGCAUAUGGCCGCAGGAGAUCCUGGCAAAGUACACCCAGAAAGAAGAAUCUGUUGAGCAACCUGAAUUCCGAUAUGAUGAAUUUGGUUUCCGAGUAGACAAAGAAGAUGGUGCUGAGCCAAACUCCAGCAAGCUCUUGGGAAUCCCACUGACAGAAGAGCCACAACACAGACUGAAAUGGCAAGCUCACCUGGAGUUCACACACAACCAUGAUGUAGGGGACCUCACCUGGGAUAAGAUUGAAGUCACACUUCCUCAUUCAGAUAAGCUACGAUCCUUGGUGUUGGCUGGCAUUCCUCAUAGCAUGAGACCACAGCUAUGGAUGCGACUAUCUGGUGCUCUACAGAAGAAGAGAAUUUCAGAAAUGUCUUACCGAGAAAUUGUAAAAAACAGCUCAAAUGAUGAAACAAUUGCUGCCAAACAAAUAGAGAAAGACCUACUCCGCACCAUGCCCAGCAAUGCCUGCUUCUCCAACAUGAACAGCAUUGGUGUGCCACGACUGCGUAGAAUAUUACGUGGGCUGGCUUGGUUGUAUCCAGAAAUUGGCUACUGUCAAGGCACUGGCAUGGUAGUGGCUUCCUUGCUUCUCUUCCUGGAAGAAGAAGAUGCCUUCUGGAUGAUGUGUGCCAUCAUUGAGGACCUGGUACCAGCCUCUUACUUCAGCACCACUCUGAUGGGUGUGCAGACAGACCAGCGUGUCUUGCGACAUCUCAUUGUACAGUACCUGCCACGAUUGGACAAACUUCUUCAGGAACAUGACAUUGAGCUGUCCCUGAUCACCCUGCACUGGUUCCUCACCUCCUUUGCUAGCGUUGUGCAUAUCAAGCUGUUGCUACGCAUCUGGGACCUUUUUUUCUACCAGGGUUCCAUAGUUCUCUUCCAGGUCACUCUGGGCAUGCUUAGCAUGAAGGAAGAUGAACUGAUCCAGUCAGAGAACUCUGCAUCCAUCUUCAACACGCUCUCAGACAUCCCCUCUCAGAUUGAAGAUCCAGAUGUGCUCCUGCAGGAAGCCAUGCGGAUUGCUGGGUCGCUGACAGAUGUGGCAGUGGAGACUCAGCGCUGCAAGCACCUUGCUUACCUCAUUGCAGACCAAGGGCAGCUAUUAAGUCCUGGUGCUGCUGUCAACCUGUCAAAGAUUGUACGACGCAGAACACAGCGUAGGAAAUCUGGCAUUACCUCACUACUUUUUGGAGAAGACGAUAUGGAGGCUCUGAAGGCCAAGAAUAUUAAGCAAACGGAGCUGGUUGCAGACUUGCGAGAGGCCAUCCUUCAAGUGGCGCAACAUUUUCAGUGUGUGGAUCCCAAGAGCUGCAGCAUAGACUUGACUCCAGACUACACCAUGGAGAGCCACCAGAGGGACCAUGAAACCUAUGUGGCCUGUUCCCGGAACCAGCGGAGGCGUGCCAAGGCCCUGCUGGAUUUCGAGCGGCACGAUGACGAUGAACUAGGCUUCCGUAAGAAUGAUAUCAUCACGAUCAUCUCCCAGAAGGAUGAGCAUUGUUGGGUGGGAGAGCUGAAUGGCCUCAGAGGUUGGUUUCCUGCAAAAUUUGUAGAGGUCCUGGAUGAACGAAGCAAAGAGUAUUCCAUUGCUGGAGAUGACUCCGUCACUGAAGGCAUCACAGACUUGGUUCGGGGGACACUGUCUCCAGCCCUCAAGGCUAUAUUUGAACAUGGGCUGAAAAGGCCAUCCUUGCUGGGCGGGGCCUGCCACCCCUGGCUCUUCAUUGAAGAGGCUGCCGGGCGUGAGGUGGAGCGAGACUUUGACUCUGUGUAUUCCCGUCUUGUGCUCUGCAAGACUUACAGGUUGGAUGAAGAUGGGAAAGUGCUGACUCCAGAAGAACUGCUUUAUCGAGCAGUACAGUCUGUGAACAUGUCACAUGAUGCUGCACAUGCUCAGAUGGAUGUGAAGCUCCGUUCCCUCAUCUGUGUUGGACUGAAUGAACAAGUCCUGCAUUUGUGGCUUGAGGUGUUGUGCUCCAGCCUGCAGACCGUGGAGAAAUGGUUCCAUCCCUGGUCAUUUCUGCGCAGUCCAGGCUGGGUGCAGAUCAAGUGUGAACUCAGAGUCCUCAGUAAAUUUGCAUUCAGCCUCUCUCAAGACUGGGAGCUCCCUGUAAAAAGAGAGGAGAAGGAGAAGAAACCAUUGAAGGAAGGAGUUCAGGACAUGCUUGUAAAACACCACCUUUUUAGUUGGGACAUUGAUGGAUGACUUCUUGCUCCGCCUCCUUUUUGGACUUCUUGUAUGAUAUAUUUGGAAUAUGUCCCUUUUGUCCCCCCACCAGCCUGUUGCCCCUUCAUGCAUUGUACACUGUAAAGAACCAUGUGUGCUUUCAGUAUUUUGUUAGUUG